ACAGUUAUAUUCGCCCUUGGUUACUAACACUGUCAUUAUUGUUAAUUAUCAUUACAAACAUGACAAUGGAUUUUACUGGAAAGGUCGCAUUGAUUACAGGCUCGUCAUCGGGUAUCGGCCGAGAAGUGGCCCUAAAGUUGUCGUCUAUGGGCGCGGAUGUAGUGAUCACUGGUUUGGAAGAGGAGGGCAUCCGAGAAGUGGUCAACACAUGUCAAACACAAUACGCGGGCAAAGCAUUGGGAGUGUUCGGCGACUUAACCGACGAUCAGUUUGUCAAACAUUUGGUGGAGAAAACUGUGCUAGAGUUUAGCAAAAUAGAUAUACUGGUCAAUAACGCGGGCAUCUUGGUCAAAACUACUAUUGAAGCCCCGGGUUAUAUGGCCUCGUUUGAUCGGGCAAUGCGGGUCAAUGUGAGAUCGAUGCAAUUGGUGACACACCUAUCGGUGCCGUAUCUGGUGGCCACCAAUGGCUCUAUUGUUAACACAUCGAGUCUGUGCGCUAAUAAACCUUUCCGGUCGGAAAUCGCGUAUUGUAUGUCUAAAAGCGCUGUCGAUAUGUUUACCGAGUGUUUGGCACUGGAGUUGGGACCCAAAGGGGUUCGAGUUAAUAGUGUUAAGUAA